ACCCUCCCCCCCCGCUGGGCCGCUCGGGCUCGCGCGCUGGGAGCGGGUGCGGAAAGAUGUCGGACGCGGCGGUGGCGGACACUCGGCGCCUUAACUCGAAGCCUCAGGACCUGACGGACGCCUACGGGCCGCCGAGCAACUUCUUGGAGAUCGACAUCUUCAACCCGCAGACGGUGGGCGUGGGUCGAGCGCGCUUCACCACCUACGAGGUCCGGAUGCGGACAAACCUACCCAUCUUCAAGCUGAAGGAGUCAUGUGUGCGGCGACGCUACAGUGACUUUGAGUGGCUAAAGAAUGAACUGGAGCGGGACAGUAAGAUUGUAGUGCCACCGCUGCCUGGGAAAGCCUUGAAGAGGCAGCUCCCCUUCCGAGGAGACGAAGGCAUCUUUGAGGAGUCCUUCAUCGAGGAGCGGAGGCAGGGCCUCGAACAGUUUAUUAACAAAAUCGCCGGGCACCCGUUGGCUCAGAACGAGCGCUGCCUACACAUGUUCCUGCAGGAGGAGACAAUCGACAGGAACUACGUCCCUGGGAAGUGGCUGUCGUCCCCCGCUGUCUGUCUGCCAUCGUUCUCCCUGGCACUUGGCCAUACUGUGGGCACUCUUCUAAGAUCCUCCUCUCUAAAGAGAGGUGGGAAGCUGCGGGCAGAGGUCCUGGGCUUUUAGGGGGAGGGGUCAGGAAUUGGACUGAAAGGCACUUGUUUAGGCUUCCUCUUGGGCAACAAGGCUAGCCUGGGGGGCUGGUGCUUCGGCGGCACUAGGCCAAACAGGUCAGCGAUGCUGCGAGUCUAAGGGAGGUUCCCCACUCCAAAGUUUAACCUGGAACUCUGAGCAGGGAGCACCCCUGCCCCUUCUACCUGCAUGGAACCUUCCUUUUGCCCUGUAGUGGGAUGGGAGACUCCCGUGGGCUCUCCCAGUUUUCUCUCUUCCUCUCCCCACUUCUCUCUACAUUUUCUUGGUUCCCUUCCCCACUCUCAUGUUGCCGUCUGGGGCGGUCCUCCACCUGGAAGCCAAGCAGCCAGGCUCGUGGAUUCGCUGGGCCUGUCGUUACUUAGGUGCCUCGGAGUCUCUAGAGACUUCUGGGGAAGCAGGGAGGUCCCCGCUGGUUUUCUGCCACUCUCAGGGCCCCUAGCUGCUUCCCGGGCCUGGCUGGCUUUUCACUGUCUGUCCUUAAUUGAGCAGCAAGGGUCAGCAGCCCCUUUCCCGAACCUGGCUAGAAGCGUGGGCUGCCUUGCACAGUUGGUGGCUCGUGGGUGAUGGUGCAGAGUGAGAACGGUUUCUGGUCUCGGAGGCUCCCGGUGGCCAAAAAGGACACUCUCCUACUCUCCUUCCUCCCCGAAAUCUCACUCCACUUUUUGUUCCCAAAGGGCAGAGCUACUUGAACAGAUAAUGUAGUCUGACUUCCAGCAAGCACUUUGAGCUGGGAAAUGGGGCUGAGGGCAAAAGCUUGGCAUCCUCGUCCCCGCUUUGGUCACAGGGUCAUUGAGCUUUCUGUACCUGGUUCUUCACGGACCACCCGUGGUUCCUCUAGAAGCUGGCCUGGGGCCGGGAGCUGGCUUGGGAGCCGCCCUAGCUUUUAGUACAAAGCGGCUUCCAGGAGCUACCCUGGGUACCGGGCCGAAAUGCAGCCCGUCGUCCGGCCCCAGAGUAGGAGGCGUCAACGGGAGGACCUUCCCUGGAUCCCCAUCGUAGGAAGAUGUCAAGGGAAGGGAGGACCAGCUUGAUCUGGGGAGGGAGGAUCGGGUUCCGGCUUGGGAGCUUGUCUGGAGUCCAAAGUGCCCCCAGGACAGAGGUCGGCUCUAGUUAGUGAGGCUGUGCCCAGGAGCAGCUCCUAGAGAGAGGCUCCGUUUCCUUUCCCACCUUGCUAAUGUUGUUGUUGUUGUUGAACUAUCUGCUUCCUUUUUUGAGCUGUAGCUUCUGGUCUGUAUUUUUUAAGACAUUCCUUCAGCAUGCACCAGUGCUGAGAGUCUGAUGCCCCAUCUCUGCUGUGUAUAUAUAUCCUACCUUGGGGGUUCCCAACUUCUGUCAGACCAUGUCAUAUCCAACUUCUGUUCAUAUUAAACCACUGUGAAGCAAG